GGAGAGAGGGAUGAACCGAGAAAGAGCGGUUUCAGAUAGCAUAUCCCUCAUACACUAGACAGCAUCUCUCCAAAAUCCACACUCAUACACACACUCGCAGUGAAGGAGGAGAGAGAGAGAGAGAAGAAAGGAAGGAAGGAAGGAAGGAAGGGAACACUCUGAAAUUCAUCCUUCAGCAGCAGCAGCAGCUAACUCACAGCCUUCAGAUGGGGCCCGGAUUGUUCUGGAACUUUCCCUCCAAGACUAGCUGCACGGUUUCGCAGACCCUGCUGCAGACAAUGUUGCUCUCCAGGAUGGCUGGCAUGAAGGAGCAGCAGUUUAUUGAGGAAAAGCCAUUACUUCCUGAGACAAGAGGACAAGACACGGAGAUGAGGCAGGCGAAAGGAACGAGUGUAAAUGCACCCUGUGCUCAACCCCGCCCCCACUCAGCACGCCACUCCCACAGGUGGCACGAGAUGGCCCGCCACUGGCUCGGUGUGACCCGGCAUCGGCGUCGGACCAGCGGGUUCAUGAUGGAGAACUGCGAGACCUUCGUGCCUGUAGGAGACUGGAAGGAACAUGAUAUUGACACUCCCUAUGGGAUGCUGCAUGUGGUGAUCCGUGGAGCUCCCAAGGGCAACAAGCCUGCAAUCCUAACCUACCAUGAUGUUGGACUUAACCAUAAGUUGUGCUUCAACACUCUGUUCCAUAAUGAAGACAUGCAGGAGAUCACUAAACACUUCGUAGUUUGCCAUGUUGACGCACCAGGCCAGCACAUUGGAGCCCCUCAGAUGCCAGCAGGGUACCAGUACCCCACAAUGGACCAGUUGGCUGGAAUGCUACCCAGUGUCGUGCAGCACUUCGGAUUUAAGAGCAUUGUGGGAAUUGGAGUUGGAGCUGGUGCCUACAUCCUGGCUAAGUUUGCCUUGAUCUUCCCUGACCUGGUGGAGGGUCUGGUUCUGCUCAACAUUGACCCCAAUGGUAAAGGCUGGAUUGACUGGGCUGCCACCAAACUGUCUGGACUGACCAGUACCCUGCCAGACAUAGUCCUGCCACACCUCUUUAGCCAGGAGGAGCUGAUGAGCAACACAGAGCUGGUGCAGAGCUACCGCCAGCAGAUCAACAAUACCAUCAACCAGUUCAACCUGCAGCUCUUCUGGAACAUGUAUAACAGCCGUAGAGACUUGGAGAUGAAUCGCAGCGGGACUGUGCUCAAUGCCAAGACUCUGAGGUGCCCGGUGAUGCUGGUGGUUGGGGAUAAUGCUCCGGCAGAGGAGGGCGUGGUCGAGUGCAAUUCCAAGCUGGACCCCACCAACACCACUUUCCUCAAGAUGGCUGAUUCCGGUGGACUGCCUCAGAUCACACAGCCUGGAAAACUGACAGAGGCUUUCAAGUACUUCCUCCAGGGAAUGGGCUACAUUGCGUAUAUAAAGGAUCGGAGGAUGAGUGGGGGGCCAGUGCCCUCGGCCAGCAUGACUCGCCUCGCUCGCUCUCGGACGGCCUCCCUGACCAGCGGCGGUUCCCUGGACGGCUCGCGCAACCGGGCGUGCACACACUCUGACAGCAGCGAGGGGGUGGGCCAGGUCAGCCACACCAUGGAGGUGUCCUGCUGAGCCCACACCACACACACACACAUACACACACACACACAAACUCAGACGGGGACAGAUAACAUUAGCAGAGACUAAAGCUGUGUUCUAUUUACAAGCAUUGUUGCUCAAUUCUUCAUUAAUAAAUGUACAUAAAGAUCAUAUAUGACUAAGAUCUAACAGUGCACAGAAAAGUGGCUUAGAUCUGUUUUGAAAUGAUAUGAGUUCAAGUACAAAGUUGUGUUUAUAGAUUUGAUUCACCCGGAAAUGAUCUGAAUCAAGUAAAUUUGCUUCAAAACUUGUAAUGUGAACACAGCUAAAGUUGCAGGAAUAAAGGAGAUUUAUUAAUAUUCCUAAUUUCUGCAUUUCUGAAGCCUCUCUGUUCUGUAACCUGCUCUCUCUCUCUGAGUGUGUGUGUUGGUGUUUGUCUUUCUCUAUACUGUAAUAUUAAUCACUGCUCGAUUGCCCCAUUUUCUUUCUCUCUCUCUCUAUCUCUCUCUCUAUCUCUCAUCUGCAUCUAUGCUAGUUUCCCCGGACUUUGUUGCACAUAGUUUCUUAUUUUUUGCUCGGAGUGUCAGUGUCCCCCUUUCCUCUCGCCUGCUGCCUCUGACCUACAAAAAUCUCCCUCCCCCAGACUACAAAUCCCAUCAUCCCCUGCUCUCACUCAAUCACCCUGUCCUAUGACAGUCUCUGUGGAGUGACUAGUGGUUUAUCAGGUGGCAGACAGCAGGGAUUGGUUUGGAAAAGAGAAAGAGGGGAAAAGAGAGAGAGAGAAAGAGUUGUGAAAGUAGUGAAAGUAAAGUGUAGAGAUAAAGAGAAGUGUAGAGAUGCGAGAAGCAGUUUGUGAAAUGUUGUGCGUGCAGCAGUGUACUUUUAAUUAAAGGCUUUGAAUAGAGGAAUUGCAUGACUGAAAACGAUUGUAUGAAUGAAAUGUAUGAGUGAGGCUCUCUGAGCCAAUCAGGUGCUACCACAACAGCUUUCAGCCAAUCAGCACAGCUCUUUUGCUCUUUUUUACUUCAGUUAAUUGAACGUUCUUCAUUGGCAGAACAACUACUGUCCAUUAACUCAUACAUAGUUUGCUAGAUGUAGUGUGCACUACUAUAUCUAAUGCUAUUCUAUGAACUACUACUGUAUACCUAUUCCCAUUACAUGAACAUUCAUAAAUGUAGUGUGCACUACUGUACCAGUUUAUGUAUUACAAAUGUAUUGUGCACUAUAGUAUAUUUUCCUAUUCCAUUGUACCUGUUCCUAUUUCAAAUGUAGGAUCCUGCUAAAUGUAGUGUGCACUACUAUACCUAUUCCCAUUACAUCAGUGUUUAUAAAUGUAGUGUGCACUACUUUACCAGAUUCUAUUCCUUUAACUCCUUUAACUUGUGCAAAGAAUACAGUGUGCUUUACUGUACCUCUUCUUAUUCCAUGAACUCUUGUGCACUACCUGUGUGCACUAUAGUAAAUUUUCCUAUUCCAUUGUACUUCCACUGUUCCUAUUUCAAAUGUAGGAUCCUACUAAAUGUAGUAUGCACUGCUAUACCUAUUCCCAUUACAUGAGCAUCUUAAUAAAUGGAGUGUGUAUUACUGUA